AUGGGAAUUGAAAGAAAAUCGAAAAAUUUUAAUUUCGUCGUACGUAUAAAUAAUUAUUUAAAUUUUUUUUUAAUUUUAAUUUUUUUAAACGAAUUAAAAUUAUCAUCAUCAUUAUUAUCAUUAACAUCAUUAUCAUUAUUAUUAAUAUUAUUAUUAUUAUUAAUAUUUCAGUUUGUUGCCUUAUUUAUAAUUUUCAUCGUAAAUUUUUCAUUCGGAUAUGGUUUUAUCGUUAAAAGAAGUUUCAAAGACGAAUCAGUUUCUGAUUUUCUUACCGAGAGGAUUUGUUGGUGGAACGAAGUCUGCAAAGAAGAAUUUCAAACUCAAUUUAAAUGCAAAUGUCCAAGUUGGUCCUUUUGCAGGAGUCCUGGAAGGUAUUAUAAUGCGUUUUGUUCGGUUGCCGAAACUGGAUACAUUUGGAGUCAAUCUAAUAAAAAUUGGGGUAUAAAAGUUGAGGGGGUGUAA